CUUUCAUUUGCAGCAACAACCCCAGAGUUGGCUGAUAAGAAAAAAUAUCCUUAUUUCUUCCGGACAGUGCCAUCUGAUAAUGCAGUGAAUCCAGCAAUUUUGAAGUUACUCAAAUAUUAUCAGUGGAAGAGAGUAGGAACUUUAACCCAGGAUGUACAAAGGUUCUCUGAGGUGAGGAAUGAUCUGACUGGCGUCCUGUAUGGUGAAGACAUCGAAAUUUCAGAUACUGAGAGUUUCUCCAAUGAUCCUUGCACGAGUGUAAAGAAGCUUAAGGGUAAUGAUGUUCGGAUAAUCCUUGGCCAGUUUGAUGAGGAAAUGGCUGUGAAAGUUUUCUGCUGUGCUUAUGAUGAAGAAAUGUAUGGCAGCAAGUACCAAUGGAUUAUUCCAGGGUGGUAUGAAAAUCUUUGGUGGGAAUCCUGGAUUAAUUCCUCACAAUGUCUCAGCAAAAAUCUUCUUGCAGCCAUGGAAGGUUAUAUUGGAGUGGAUUUUGAGCCUCUCAGCUCAAAAAUGUUAAAGACCAUAUCAGGAAGGACUCCACAGCAAUAUGAAAAGGAAUACAAUGCUAAGCGUGGUGAUGGACAAUCCAGCAAAUUUCAUGGUUAUGCCUAUGACGGAAUAUGGGUGAUUGCCAAGACUCUGCAGCGGGCAAUGAAGUAUCUCAAUGCCACCAAUAAGCACCAAAAAAUUGAAGAUUUUAACUAUACAAAUCACAAACUUGGCAAAAUUUUUUUGGAUGCUAUGAAUGAAACCAACUUCUUUGGAGUAACGUACCUUACAACUACAACGUUUAUAUUUGUUAGCAGAAAAAUGUUGGUUAUACUUGGAAAGAUAUUAAAUACCGUAUUUGUUCUCGGUAUGGUGAAAGUUGCAUUGGUUCCAUGGGGUAGCCAGGUG